AUGGACGGAUCCUCGGUGAGCCCCCUUCCCUGUGAGGCUCCGCUAGCGAUGAUGGAGAGUGAAAAAACACCGCCGAGAAGUCCCAGCCAGCACGAUAUGCCGCCACCGCCGGACGAAAAGAGAUACGACGACGAUGAUGACCGCGUCUGGAACUGUGGCGCAUGGUUCGAGUACAUACUGGUCGUGGUCGUCUCAUCGAUUCUGCUGAUUGCGGCCUCGGUGCUGACCAUCUUCUGGACGAUCUACUACCGGAAGGGCUUCAACAUGGACGACCCGAAGCUGCAGUUCAACCUCCAUCCCGUGCUCAUGAUCGGUGGAUACGUCACGCUGUCCGGAUUCUCGAUCCUUCUGUACCGGAUUUGCCGAUGCUGUUCGCAUCUGAUCGUGAAGCUGUGCCAUACCUUCUUCCAUGCCUGCUCGAUUCCGUGCAUAGUGAUCGGCUUCAUGGCCGUAUGGGACUCGCACAACCAGCAGCAGAUUCCAAACUUCUACUCACUGCACUCCUGGCUCGGCAUGAUCACCAUGGGGCUGUUUGCGCUGCAGUUUGUGCUGGGAUUCUUCAGCUUCCUCAUUCUGCUGUGCUGCGAGAACGCAACGUACAAGUUCCGUUCGACCAUGGUACCGAUCCACGCUAGCUUCGGUGUGGCCACGUUCAUGCUCGCCAUCGCCACCGCCGUUACCGGUUUGACCCAGAAGGCUCACUUUGAACUUGGUGAAAAUUACUCACAAACCAUCGAGGAGGGCAUCAUCAUGAACUCGAUCGGUGUCAUCCUGACCGGGCUCGGCAUCAUCAUUCCGUUCGCGGUGCGUCGCUCCAACUCGCCAGCCAACUGCAAGGUGUACGUUACGGAACGUAUCUAA